AUGGAAUACGACGCCUGCGCGAAAUGGUUCGUCCACGAGAAUGACCCGGACUUUGAUUUUUUCGGGAUUUCCAACGGUGGCGGUGCCGAACCCAGCGAUGGGGAUGUGAUCAUCAAUGUCCCUCGUUCGUCUGAGCUGCGGACUUCAUUCUGGUCCGAGCAUGAAUCGACUUUUGUGCCGUUGGAGAUCACCACCAGCACCACUAGAGGUGCUGCAGCUUUUCUUCCUCACCAUGGCAGCAUCACUGGGGACGGGGAGGGCGAUGGAGAGGGAUUCGAGCGCAUCGAAGCAGCUCCCCUGAAGAUUCUGAUCGCAAAUCUAUCCAAACCACCUGCCAGCAACUCUUCCCAGGCUGAUGGCAGUAAUAUGGGUGAUAUGUCAAAUAUGUCAAUCUACCUCGCGCAAUGCGACCUCUCCUCCCUCCCGCAAUCACUACAAUCCGACGUCCCCAUCCCCAAGCUGCUGCUGCCAUCUUCCUCCAACACCACCAGCACAAUAAAAGGCGACAUCUACUCUUCAUCUCUCUGGCUCGGCCGGCCCCCGACAUACACCCCCUUCCACCGCGACCCGAACCCGAAUCUGUUCAUCCAACUAACGGGCCGGAAGACCAUUCGUCUCCUGCCCCCAGCAAUCGGCGACGCGAUAUAUCACGAGCUAGUCACCACGAGGUUAUUUUCACCUACCUCGACCUCGACCUCGACCUCGUUCUCCACGGCAAUCAGGGGCGAAGAAAUGAUGGUGGGGCCGCAGAAAACGGUCCUCCACGAUGCCAUCUGGAAUCAGGACAGCAUUUACAGCGAACUUGUCCGCACCCAUGGCUUGCAGACGACUCUUGGACUUGGCGAUGCACUCUUCACGCCCAAGGGUUGGUGGCACAGUGUCAAGGGAGUUGGCCAGGGCGUCACAGCCAGCGUCAAUUGGUGGUUCCGGUGA